UUAUCAUUUCAGUACUUGAAGUUCCAAAGUUAUUAAUAUUAAAACUCAGAUUUGUUCUGUUGAUUUCGAGGCUGACAGGUCAUCAAGUCAUCAAGCUGACAGACAAGGUUCUCUGGGAGUGAGAAUCCCUAACCCCGUGCCUUACCCCAAGCAUCAGAUGGAGCACCCACAGUGGUGCCCAGCCACAUGGCUUACUCCUAAGUGCAGACACUGGUUCAUUUUUCCCAAGUCCACAGAGGAUUGAUGAUGGCUAAAUGGAGCCACUUGUUAAUGGCUUAUGAACUGUCUGGAGCUGGCCAGCUCUGAAAGUCUCUUGAGCAGCAGUAUGACUCGAUUUAUUUCUCGGAUACUGCUGGAGCAGGAAUUUUGUUGUUCUAAGAAACACAUAUGGAGGCUGAUUGUGUUUGGGGACUUCUAGAUGCCACACCUGGAAAAAAGUGAAGGUGGAAUCAGAAUAUUUUGUGUAGUUGGUACUGUUUAGUGUUAUCUCGGGGAUGUGAGAGGUAGGUGGUGCAUGCUCUGGGGCCCUAGGCCCACCCAGUUCUGUCCGUCUGCCUGUCACUGGUGUGUGACUUAGGCCCAUGUUCUAAACUCCUUAGUCCAUAUUCUAUUCUAUCAGUAAUCACAUAGAGAUAAUAAACUCUCUUCACUACUUCCAAGUUAUCCUAAAGGAUAAUGAGACGGGACGCACCACAGGCCCUUGGCAUUUGCUGAACAGUUAGUUAUUUUGGCAGCCCUUCCCCGGGGAGGGAGUCUGUGGAGAUUACACAGGGUUGUUGAUUUGGGCUGUAUGCUGUUUGGCCUGAAGGGCAGCAUUGUCUAGUCCUCUGUAACUUACCUGUGUUUGAAAUACAGUUCCCUUGUGGUUUAGUCUGUUGUUCCCCUACCUGGGAAACAUUCAAGAGGACAGCCAAGUCUCUGGCUUCACACUGUGUCUGUUGCAAGAGCAUAUGCUAACUUCUAAUGGGAAUAAAUCUGACAGAUAGUAAUGGAGGGAUUCUAAUCACUGACCUUAGCCUUGAGAAUCCCUCAUCUGCCCUUCCUCUCCUGGCAUCUUGGGGGAGGUGUGGUGUCUGCCUGCUGCCCGAUGUUGCCAGUACUCACCCUCCUUUGUUCUGUGUUUUUUCUGAAAAGCUUAGGCACGACCUUCGACCUUCGAGUCCUUUGCUGAGCCCUUCUCUAACGCUUUCUCACGAUGUCGGAGGUGGAGCUCAUCUACUUCCCAGGCUGUAUUUCCUGCCACUACCCUCGAGCAGCUCACACCCACCCAAGGAUCUCAUCUUGCCCAAUGGUGGUACUCCAGCAGGCACUUCAAGCCCAGCUUCUUCAUCUUCCCUACUGAACAGACUUCAGCUUGAUGAUGACAUUGAUGGUGAGACCAGAGAUCUCUUUGUCACAGUUGAUGACCCCAAGAAGCACGUCUGCACAAUGGAGACGUACAUCACAUACAGGAUCACCACCAAAAGCACACGGGUGGAGUUUGACUUGCCAGAAUAUUCUGUUCGUCGACGCUACCAGGAUUUCGACUGGCUGAGGAACAAACUGGAAGAAUCACAGCCUACUCAUCUCAUUCCCCCACUUCCUGAGAAGUUUGUGGUGAAGGGUGUCGUGGAUCGCUUUUCAGAAGAGUUUGUGGAGACCAGAAGAAAAGCGUUGGACAAAUUCCUAAAAAGGAUUACAGAUCACCCUGUGCUCUCUUUCAAUGAACACUUCAAUGUGUUCCUCACUGCUAAGGACCUGAAUGCCUACAAGAAGCAGGGGAUAGCAUUGCUGACGAGAGUGGGUGAGUCUGUCAAGCAUGUCACGGGAGGCUAUAAGCUGAGGAGUCGGCCUCUGGAGUUUGCAGCCAUCGGUGACUACUUAGACACUUUUGCACUCAAACUGGGAACCAUCGAUCGGAUAGCCCAGCGGAUCAUCAAAGAAGAAAUAGAGUACCUUGUAGAGCUGAGGGAAUAUGGGCCUGUGUAUUCCACGUGGAGCGCCUUGGAAGGUGAGCUGUCGGAGCCGCUGGAGGGCGUGUCAGCCUGCAUUGGGAACUGCUCCACAGCCUUGGAAGAGCUGACAGAUGACAUAACCGAGGAGUUUUUGCCUGUGCUCAGGGAAUACAUUCUAUACUCUGACUCCAUGAAGGGUGUAUUGAAGAAGAGGGACCAAGUUCAAGCAGAGUAUGAAGCCAAACUGGAAGCUGUGGCUCUGAGGAAGGAAGAGCGUCCCAAGGUGCCAGCAGAUGUGGAGAAGUGCCAGGAUAGGAUGGAGUGCUUCAACGCGGAUCUGAAGGCUGAUAUGGAGAGGUGGCAGAACAACAAGCGACACGACUUCCGGCAGCUGCUUGUGGGCUUGGCUGACAAAAAUAUCCAGUAUUAUGAGAAGUGCCUCAUGGCGUGGGAGUCGAUUAUUCCACUACUGCAAGAGAAACAAGAAGCCAAGUAGCUUUGG